UUAGCUAUGUUAUCUGAGCAGUUUUCUGGCAAUCCUUCUGUGAAGUACGGGAGGUUAAAGGCGUUUGAAGUGGAGAAGAAAAUUGGGAAAGGGCAAUUUUCUGAUGUUCAUCGGGCGAAGUGUAAGGAAGAUGGAAAAGUGUUGGCUUUAAAAAGGAUUAAAGUAUAUGAAAUGGUGGAUCAGAAAAGCUUAGAUGAUUGUAGAAGAGAGAUUCGGUUACUUGAAAAACUGGAUCAUAUAAAUAUAAUCAAAUAUUACACAUCAUUUGUGGAAGACAAUCAAAUGUACAUAGUUUUGGAGUUAGCAGAUGCUGGAGAUCUAAGUCGGCUUAUUCGGUACUAUAAAGGCAUCCAGAGUCUAAUUCCGGAACGCAUUAUUUGGAAAUACUUUGUGCAGAUUAUACGUGGUUUGGAACACAUGCAUUCUAAAAGGAUAAUGCAUAGAGGUUAUUAUCAAAAGUUGUGGAUUUAUUUUCUGUCAUGGAGAGUUUUCGUAGAUAUCAAACCAGCAAAUAUUUUUAUCACCGCUGAAGGAACCAUUAAGUUGGGUGAUCUUGGUCUUGGACGCUUUUUCAGUCAGAAAACAACAGUUGCCCACUCUCUGGUGGGCACACCGUAUUACAUGAGUCCGGAAAGGAUACAAGACACCGGUUAUAACUUUAAAUCGGAUUUAUGGAGCGUUGGAUGUUUACUUUACGAGCGCAGAAGCGCUCGCUACAUUAGGGUGUUGUGGACAAUAAGCGAUGAGGAAAUGAGGCUUAAUUUUCUUGUUUUCUUUGUGAACUUGUACUCAGUAUGGUCUUGCGAGCUGGCCGAAUCGGUGGUUAAAAAAACAGCUACAGUCAAGGUUUACGACCACGGGUUGCAUAGAAGAUUUUCACUAAACGUCUCAUUAGAAGGCUCAAAACGAUUUAUCGAGUGCCAGGUAACAUAUCGACUGGUAGUGCCGGAGGGUGCAUAUAUCGACAUCAACGACUUAGACAAACUGCUGAAUUUUGAUAUUGCAAAUGCAAAGUUCGACGUAGAAGCCCCGAAAGAAUGGUCUACACCCACUCCAGUGUACAUAUAUCCAAGAAGGUUGCUCAGGAAGACAUUUAGCUUCGAGCAACGUCUUGAGUUACCUAUUCAUCUUCGAUACCAUCGUUCUUGUAACAGAAGUACGAAGACAGCGACUGUGUUGUUCAAUCCUCCACUUAUUCUUCUACGUUGCGAAGAUAACACAGCUUUUUUGGAGAAUGCAAGUUGCAAAAAACAUAUGGCAAAGGCUCCAUGUCACCACUCUUCAAAAAAGUGGUGUGAAUGGAUGAGCAUAAAGCCAGAAUCUAGUAUGCCAUUUGAAAUAAUCAUUCCAACUGGGAACACUGAUCAUAGGGAUAUCGUUUUUGCUGGAACUUUUAUCACAGUGUUUGGCUGUAUAAGUACAAUUGUGUUUACUUCAUAUUUUCACUCUUGA